AUGUGUGACAGUGAUGACCCGGGUGAACAACGCGGAGGCCUGGACUUAACCGGGUUUCUGUUUGGCAAUAUAGAUGAAAGAGGUCAACUCGAAGACGAUGGAUUACUUGAUGGAGAUUCGAAGCGCAUGCUUGCCUCCCUCAACCGACUCGGCUUAGGAUCUAUGCUCUCCGAAGUUUUAGACUCUGAGGAACCUGUUAAAGAGGAAGAAGAGAAAGAUUACAGCCAAAAGAGUCCAUCGGCAGUAGAUUUCUUCGAUAUUGACGAUGCUGCUGAUGAUGAUCUUAAGGAACUAGGACUUGAACAACAAGGAAAUGAUAGUUUAAGGACUGGUGGUCAGAAUAAAAUAAGUAAUGAAUUGGAACAAACUUUUAAAGCUGAAAACAAUGAAAGUGGCAAUGAAGUGUGGAAGGAUGGUGAAGAACAGUAUGAAGUCAGAAAUGAUGAGGGCUACGAGGGUGACAUGGAAGGUGAUGGAGGACUUAUGCCUCCACCAAGCACUGUUCCAAAACAGAAAUCAGACAAACCCCGAAAGUUGGAUACUCCACUGGCCGCAAUGCUUCCAUCUAAAUAUGCUAAUGUUGAUGUGACAGAAUUAUUUCCUGACUUCAGAGAAGACAAAGUUCUAUUAUUCUCUCGCUUAUUUGGACCUGGAAAACUUUCAAGUCUUCCUCAAAUCUGGCGUGGUGUUAAAAAGCGUAGGCGGCGUAAGAGAAGUGGCAGUACUGGCUCAGACACCCCAACUCAGGCAGAGUUACAGGAACCACAGUAUGCAAGCGAUGAUGAAGAUAAAUUUCUCAAACCUAUGGAGGAGAAUCAACAGUCAAAUCAGCAAGAUAGCAAUUCCUCAGGUGACAAGAAUGACAAAAGCCAGAGAGUCACUCCAGCUCAUUGGAGAUUUGGUCCCGCCCAAGCUUGGUAUGACAUGUUAAAUGUGCCAGAAACGGGAGAUGGAUUUGAUUAUGGAUUUAAAGUUAAGGCACCUUCACCCGAACGCGACGAUAAAAUAAAAAAGGAAGAAAUACCAGAAGACCUAGAGAAAUCUGACAGCCCUGAUAGCGGCUUUCCUGAUGAUUCCUUCCUUAUGGUCUCCCAGUUGCAGUGGGAGGACGAUGUUAUAUGGGAUGGAAAUGAGAUUAAACAUAAGGUUCUAGCUCGACUGAACAGCAAAAGUAAUGCGGCAGGCUGGGUACCAACUUCAGUCAGUCGUACAGCACAACAGUUUUCUCAUCCAAGGCCACAACCACCUGCACCUUUACAGGCUAAACCAGCAACCUCGGCUACGUCUAACCCAGCAAAUCCAGGAGAAGGGGAGGAUAACACUUGGUACAGUAUAUUUCCGGUGGAGAAUGAAGAGUUAGUGUACGGUACGUGGGAGGAUGAGGUUAUAUGGGAUGCAGAGAAUAUGCCCAAAAUACCCAAACCAAAGAUAUUGACUUUGGAUCCUAAUGAUGAAAAUAUAAUUCUGGGUAUACCUGACGAUGUUGAUCCGUCCAAGAUAACAAGAGAAAGGGGACCUCAACCAAAAGUGAAAAUUCCACAUCCUCACGUGAAGAAAUCUAAAAUAUUGUUGGGAAAAGCUGGUGUGAUCAACGUACUGCAGGAAGAUGCUCCGCCGCCACCACCAAAAUCGCCGGAUAGAGAUCCGUUCAACAUCUCCAACGACGUUUUCUACCAACCGAAGUCACAAAAUCCACGUCUAAAAGUCGGUGGUGGACAACUAAUCCAGCAUAGUACGCCUGUAGUCGAGUUGAGAGCGCCGUUCAUCCAAACUCACAUGGGUCCAGCGAGAUUGCGCGCUUUCCACCGCCCCGCAAUGCGUAAGCUGACCUACGGCCCUCUAGCUGCUCCAGGACCGCACCCAGUACAACCCCUUUUGAAGCAUAUAAAGAAGAAGGCUAAGCAACGGGAAGCGGAACGUCUAGCGUCGGGAGGAGGAGAUGUAUUCUUCAUGAGAACGCCCGAGGAUCUUAGUGGAAGAGAUGGCGAGCUAGUACUUCUGGAGUUCUGUGAAGAGCACCCGCCACUCAUCAGUCAAGUGGGGAUGUGCACUAAGAUUAAGAAUUAUUACAAACGCACUGCUACCAAAGAUAACGGCCCGAAACCGUUAAAAUAUGGCGAGAUUGCGUACGCGCAUACGUCACCGUUCCUCGGUAUCUUACCGCCUGGUGCUACGCAACCUGUUGUUGAAAAUAAUAUGUACCGAGCGCCGAUAUACGAACACGCGUUGCCACAGACAGACUUCCUCGUUAUCAGGACUAGGCAAUCGUAUUAUAUAAGAGAAGUUGACGCUCUGUUCGUAGCUGGUCAAGAGUGUCCACUAUAUGAAGUUCCAGGGCCUAACUCAAAGAGAGCAAAUAAUUUUGUGAGGGACUUUUUACAGGUCUUCAUAUAUAGAUUGUUCUGGAAAUCUCGUGAUAAUCCAAGGCGUAUUAAAAUGGAUGACAUAAAAAGAGCAUUUCCGUCGCAUUCGGAGAGUUCUAUAAGAAAGCGUCUAAAACUCUGUGCGGACUUCAAGCGGACAGGAUUAGACUCUAACUGGUGGGUAAUAAAACCAGACUUCCGUCUGCCUUCUGAAGAGGAGAUUCGCGCAAUGGUAUCUCCUGAACAAUGCUGUGCAUACUUCAGCAUGGCUUCUGCUGAGCAGAGACUAAAGGAUGCUGGUUAUGGAGAGAAAUUUAUUUUUACUCCGCAGGAGGAUGACGAUGAGGAACUGCAGUUGAAGAUGGAUGAUGAGGUUAAAGUAGCUCCAUGGAACACCACACGAGCAUACAUACAAGCGAUGCGCGGUAAAUGCUUGUUACAACUAACUGGCCCGGCUGACCCUACGGGCUGUGGUGAAGGAUUCUCCUACGUCCGUGUCCCGAACAAACCCACGCAGCAACCUAGCGAAGAACAACAGCCAAAGAGAACUGUUACUGGUACUGAUGCUGAUUUGAGAAGGUUGAGUUUGAAUAACGCCAAAGCAUUACUCCGGAAGUUUGGUGUACCUGAAGAAGAGAUCAAGAAAUUGUCACGAUGGGAGGUUAUCGAUGUCGUAAGAACACUGUCUACGGAAAAAGCUAAGGCCGGAGAAGAGGGUAUGACGAAGUUCUCACGUGGAAACAGAUUUUCGAUAGCUGAACAUCAAGAAAGAUACAAAGAAGAAUGUCAACGUAUAUUCGAGCUCCAAAAUCGGGUACUUCAAAGCACAGAAGUGCUCAGUACUGACGAAGCAGAGAGUUCUGUCAGCGAAGAGUCAGAUCUAGAAGAGAUGGGAAAGAAUUUGGAGAAUAUGUUGGCUAAUAAGAAGACUACUGAACAGCUUACGCUAGAAAGAGAGGAAGCAGAAAGAGCUGAACUUCGCAAAAUGAUUCUUGGACAGUCUGAGAAGAAGCCACAGAUCAAUCAAAGUGAUCAACAAACAUCUAAUCAAGGUCGUGUACUGCGAAUCGUUCGAACGUUUCGUAACGCGUCUGGACAAAGGUACACGCGCGUAGAACUUGUGCGUAAACAAGCUGUUAUCGAAGCCUAUACAAAGAUACGCUCGACGAAGGACGAUGCUUUUAUUCGACAGUUCGCCACUAUGGACGAAACACAAAAGGAAGAGAUGAAACGAGAGAAGAGAAGAAUUCAGGAGCAACUGCGCCGUAUCAAAAGAAAUCAAGAAAGGGAGAGACUCGCUGGAAAUCCUUCAGUACCUUCUUCGAUGGGUGGUGACAGCAUGUCUUCCAUGGGUGACUUGGGCUCUGCGUCUCCUGGAUUGAUACCAUUGGGGCAAAUUAAACAAGAACCAGAUCUUCAGACACCGUCCCGAAGGCGAGCAAAGCUCAAACCUGAUCUCAAGUUAAAGUGUGGUGCUUGCGGCCAAGUGGGGCACAUGCGUACGAACAAAGCUUGCCCACUGUACACUGAGGGAACCAAACUCACGUUGCCUUCAAAGAUUGUUAAGCAAUCAGCUGAAGAAUUUCGGCGUCGCAGCGGCAGUCGUCGAGGAGAAAUUCGCGCGGGCGGACGUAACAGGCGACGUGGAACCGCCAGCGAGUCCUGUGACUAUCUGGUCAAACGACCGGCUGAGAGACGCCGCACGGACCCGUUAGUCACACUGUCGUCGUUAUUAGAAGACGUGCUCAACACUAUGAGACAUUUACCGGAUGUACAGCCGUUUUUGUUUCCAGUUAAUCCGAAACUAGUCGCAGAUUAUUAUCGCGUCGUGACGCGGCCCAUGGAUCUUCAAACGAUAAGAGAGAACUUGCGACAGAAGCACUACCAGAGCCGAGAAGAGUUCUUGGCCGAUGUUAACCAGAUCGUAGAGAACUCUAACUUGUAUAAUGGUGCUAACAGCAGUCUCACAGUGGCAGCUCAGCGCAUGAUGCAAAGAUGUUUUGAGAAAUUGGCUGAAAAGGAGGAGCAGUUCAUGAAACUGGAGAAACAAAUCAAUCCAUUGCUUGAUGACAAUGAUCAGGUGGCGCUAUCCUUCAUAUUUGAAAAUCUCUUGACAACGAAACUGAAGGUGAUGCCCGAAGCGUGGCCGUUCCUCAAGCCUGUGAACAAGAAACAAGUGAAGGAUUACUAUAAUGUCAUCAAGAAGCCGAUUGAUAUGGAAACGAUUGGCAAGAAAAUACAAGCACACAAAUAUCACAGUCGCGAGGAAUUCUUGCGGGACAUACAACUGUUAGUUGACAACUGUCGAGCGUACAAUGGGCCAAAUUCCCAGUUCACGAGGCAGGCUGAAGCGGUGCUGAAGGUCACACAGGAAUCGCUUGAACAGUUUGACGAGCACGUUAGCCAGCUAGAAGCGAACAUAGUAAGAGUGCAACAGAAGAUGCUAGAGGAAGCUGACGUCACGGAUACUGAGGAAGACAUUCCCAACGCCUCGUUGCCUAGCGACGAGAAACGUGGACGAGGUCGCCCAAGAAAACAUAAGCCGAAUACAUCUGGCGACGGUGCGACGCCAAGGAAACGGGGCCGGCCAAGGAAGGACCAAAACAGUUUGGUUGAUGAUUUGCAGUAUUCGGAUAGCGGCAGUUCGGGAUUGGAAGAGGUGGAACAAAAAGAAAUGGGUGAUACGAUGGUGCAGUUGUCUGUUAAAACAGAGGACGAAUUUGGUGCUGGACCCAGUUUUGCACCAGACAUGCCGAUCAAGCGGGAGAUACCCGAUGAGCCUCCGCACCAGUCGGAUGAACUGGUCGACCUUGACCAGCACAGCAUGGACUACAACUACCCAAUCAAGGAGGAGCCCAUAGAAUCGGAUAUGUUAAUGGAGCCGCCGAUGGACGGUAUGGCGGGAAUGGCGGGCAUGCCCGGUAUGCCCGGUAUGCCUGGCAUGAGUGGCAUGCCUGGAAUACCAACGGAGCCGCCCCACUUCAAAGAAGAGCCGCCUGAAAACUGGCAGCCCGAGCCUGCUAUACAAGACGACCUUCAAGUUACUGACAGUGAAGAGGAACCAGAAGACGGUCUGUGGUUCUAG